AUGCCGCCUUCGUCCAAGUUCAUCCUCGCCGUGUCCGGCCUCGGCAAUGCGACCGGCACCGGCGCCGCCGUCGCCCGUCUCUUCUCCCAGCAACUCGGGUACCGCAUCGCCCUCAUCAGCCGCCCGCGCAAGGACGUCGACAACCUGCGCGACGAGAUCGACAAGGCCGGCGGCACGGUCGAAGUGUUUGGCGUCGACGCGUACGACUAUGGGUCGAUGACGCGCGUCUUUGAGCGGGUUCAACAGACUUGGCCCGACGGUCGGCUCAAGUGCGCCGUGUGGAACACUGCGCAAUGGUCCAACAUCCCGUUCAUGGACAUCACCGAGCACGACAUCAACCUGUCGGUCACGACCAACAUCGUCGCCGCGACCGCUUUCUCGCAGGCGGCUGUGCGCGCCCUGACCGCCGACGGCAGCGACGAGGACAAGGGCGGCUCGAUCAUCAUGACGGGCGCCACGUCGGCGUGGAGGGGCAGCAAGGCGUUUGGCGCGUUCGCGGCGGGCAAGCACGGGCUGCGCGCACUGAGCCAGUCGAUCGCUCGCGAGUACGGUCCUGAGGGUGUGCACGUCGCGUUCGUUGUCGUCGACGGCACGAUUCUCACCACGCGCACCGAGAAGAAUUUUGGCAACCGUCCUGGCAAGGAGCCCAACUGGAUGCGCGACGAGAAGCAGCGCCUCUCGCCCGAGUCGAUCGCCAAGUGCUACCUGUACCUGCACGAGCAAGGGCCGGACGCAUGGACGCUCGAGAUGGACCUCAGGCCGGCAAAGGAGCACUUCUGAGUCGGGCAGGCGAGCGGGAAGGGCUGUACAAGAUAGUUUGCACUGCGAUUCGUUUCCUCGUCC